UUGCGUGGCAUCUCUGAGUGAAGCAAGAUGGAUCUUCUGGGUUAUGUGUUGACAGCGUUCGUGUUUGUGGUAUCUAUCGCGUACCUGUACUUGCGCAGCAGGCACAACUAUUGGCGUGAUCGAGGCAUACCUUAUGCGCGCGGGAAGCCACAUCUGUUCAUGGGACACAUGGAACAAUUCAGUACGAAACAUGGAUCGUACAUAAAUCAGGAAAUAUAUCAAGAUCUCAAAUCACGUGGCGAAGCUUUUGGAGGAAUAAGUUUCUUCUUUUUGCCGGGCCUUAUGGUGGUUGAUCCAGAGCUGGUGAAAACGAUUCUGGUGAAGGAUUUCAACGUGUUUCAUGAUCGAGGCGUCUUUAACGACGCAAAGUCGGAUCCCCUAUCUGCUCAUCUGUUUGCACUGGAAGGGCCCGAAUGGCGUGUGUUACGUCAGAAGCUUACGCCAACGUUUACCUCCGGACGGAUGAAACAAAUGUUCGGCACUAUUCAACAGGUGGCCCAAGAGUUCCUGAAGUACAUGAACGAAAAUUGCCACCGGGAGAUGGAGAUGAAGGAUGUCCUGGCACGUUUUACUACGGAUGUUAUCGGGACGUGUGCUUUCGGGAUCGAGUGUAAUACGUUGAAGAAUCCGGACUCGGAAUUUCUUAAAUACGGCAACAAGGUGUUCGAACAAGAUACUGUUCUUAUGGUAAAGUUUGUGUUUGCCACUGUGUUCAAGGGCUUGGCAAAGCGAAUCGGUGUUAAGCUGACUGACGAAGGCGUGGAACGAUUUUUCCUGCAAGUUGUCCGCGAUACGGUUCAAUAUCGAGAAAUGAACAAUGUACAGCGGAAUGAUUUUAUGAACCUUUUGCUGCAGAUUAAGAACAAAGGUUAUUUGGACGAACGUGACAUUGGAGCCAAUGAUAAUCUGAAGGGCGAAACUGCUAUGACACUAAACGAACUGGCCGCGCAGGUGUUUGUGUUUUUCCUGGCCGGAUUUGAAACGUCCUCUACUACUAUGAACUUCUGUCUGUACGAGCUGGCAAAGAAUCCCGACAUUCAGGAGCGUCUCCGUGAGGAAAUUGAACGCGGAGUCGAGGAACAUGGUGGACAAGUGACAUAUGAAAUGGUCAUGAACAAUCAGUACCUUGAUAAUGUGAUCAACGAAACUCUACGCAAAUAUCCUCCAAUUGAAUCGCUUAGUCGUGUGCCAAUCCGAGAUUACACGAUUCCCGGGACCAAGCAUGUGAUUCCGAAGGAUACUCUUGUCCAGCUCCCAGUAUACGCGAUACAACGUGAUCCCGAGUUUUACCCAGAACCGGACCAAUUCAAUCCGGAUCGAUUCUUACCGGAGGAGGUAAAGCAACGCCAUCCAUACGUCUUCCUUCCCUUCGGCGAAGGUCCACGGAUUUGUAUUGGAUUGCGGUUUGGAAUGAUGCAAGCGAAGCUUGGUCUGAUCACUUUGCUGAGGAAUUUCCGCUUCUCUCCGUCAUCGCAAACACCGUCCGAAUUCGUAUUCGACCCCAAAUCUUUUAUUUUAUCGCCCUCCACGGGAAAUUAUCUAAAGAUUGAUAAGCUUUAAUGUUCCUGGUGGGUGUAGAAGGAACAUAGCAACGUUCAUUUGACACGUUUCAGAAAAUGAAAUUCCAUGGAUACGUAUUUCUUCAAGUCAUAACUUAGUGCGAAAAAUAUUGUAAUUUUAAGUGUUAUUUAAAUCAAUAGCACUCAAUAAUCAAGUGCCUGCUAUAAAAAUUACAAAAAAAAUUGUAAGUUACUAUCAAUUGAUGUACUGGAAACAAAAUCCAAUAAAUGCAUCCUUUUUUACUUCAA